AUGUCUAGACUUCUGCGAGGAAAUCAAUUACAGAUUGCUAUCACCACGUUUAUGUUGUUUUAUCCUUUAUCUUCAAAUUCGAUUAUCCGGAAUGGACUGAGCGGAGCAUACUUUCGAGUGUCCGCUCAUCAUUUCCCUCCUUAUCAACUUUUGAUUUAUGGAGCUAAUGGAACCUUUCGUUAUGUUGGAAGCACUCCCAAUAUAAUCUACUGGAUGGCAGAAAAAUUUAAUUUUACGUAUGAUUUAUUCCCGGUAAACAACACCGAGAUUGCUAAAUUGGGAACCGUUCUAGCAGGUCUAAAUCAAAUCAUCAAUAAAGAAGUCGAUAUUUCCACUCUCUGCUUUCUUCCCACAUUGGAAAGAACUCAGUAUAUGGAAUUUUCAUAUCCGGUAGCAAUCGAAUCCUAUAAAUUUAUGGUCCCUAAACCAGAUGAGGAAAGCCGACUCUGGGGUCCGAUCAGACCUUUUCAGUAUUCGGUUUGGGGUUGCAUACUAUUGAGUAUCGUGUUUGUACUGGCGGCUUUCUCAUAUUUGUCUUGGUGCUACUCUCAUUGGCCUAAUUUACCAAAUAAUGAAUUUUAUGGUGCAAAGAAGAACAUGUUUACCAUCUUCGGUAGUUACGCGAUGUACAUUGCUUCUGUCUGUACAAAUCAAGGUAUUCAUUGCUGA